UGUCAUGGGAUACAUUGGCAAAGAGGAUGUAUAUGUCGCUCAUGCUGGAGAUAGUCGUGUUGUGUUGGGCUCAAUGUCCAACAGUGGCUCGUGGGUGGCAUCUACACUCACCAAUGACCAUCAAGUAGGAAAUCCGAAUGAAAUGGCUACAUUGAAAAAGGAGCAUCCAGAUGAGUUGGAGACGGUUGCUUUUCGACAUUGUCUAGAUGGACCCCUUCGUGUUAUCGGUGGAUUAGUGCCUACUAGAGCUUUUGGAGAUGCUCGAUAUAAAUGGCCCAUGGCUGUUCAACAUAAAAUAAGUGCAUUGAUGAAAGGACUUCCAUCUCGACGUCGUCAGUGGCCCAUGCUACGCUACUGCUUGACUCCACCAUAUGUGCACGCUCGACCAGACAUAUCACAUGUGACAUUGACUCCUCAAGAUUGCUUUCUUGUGAUUGCAUCGGAUGGGCUGUUUGAAGAACUAUCCAAUGAGCAUGUCGUGAAUAUUGUGGGUGAUUUUCUCAACUCUUCACAAAACAAAACAAACUCUGCGCUUUAUGAAAUUCGACAUGAAAAUGUAGCCACACACUUGCUUCGCCAGGCACUCAAAUCUGGAAAGUAUGACGAUCGUCAUGUAUCACGAUUGUUGACUCUCAGACCCUCAGAAUGUCGCAAUUGGAGAGAUGAUAUUCUAAUUCAAGUUGUAUUCCUCAAACCUGCUCUCAAAUUUUUAAAUUCGACGUUAACACUGAACACAUUACCAAAAUUAAAGGAAUGAAUUGAUUUGAAUC